AUGCACGCGGUAAACGACGCAGAAAGCAGUGACUCUGAAGUCGAUUCGCUCUUUGACGAGCCUCACAUUGCCAUGCGCACCGCGCCACCCAUCCCUGGGCUUUUCGCUCCACCCAUCAGAUUGCCUCUCGAGUUAGCAAACGAUAUCGUUCAGCAGUGCAUGCGCCUUUACUUCGACGGGCGAGGCAUAAAUCAGAUCAUGCUCUUUGGACGCACAACCUCCGAGCACGACGGGAAUAUGGGAAGUGGCUUACCACCGUUCUUAAUCACACUCCUGCACCGACUGGCCGAAUUGCUGCGUGAUCAUCUACCUGAGCAAGUUCACGAAAUGCUAUUCCCUCCCAAGGAUGCACCCCCGCGCGCACGGCAGGCAAUUCUGAACCUGUAUCAUCCCGGAGAGGGCAUCUCGCCUCAUGUCGAUCUACUGAAACGAUUCGAUGAUGGAAUCAUAGGAGAUAUGCCGCUAGGCAGGAAUCAAUGGGACCUCUAUCUAGAAGAACGAAGUAUCUUAGUCCUAUCGGAGGAUGCGCGCUACAAUUGGACUCACGGGAUCGAUGGAAGACUGAAAGACUUUGUCGGUGAAGGAGUAGACGGGCAAGGAGAACCUGAAUGGAUUGAGAGGGGGACGAGAUUGAGCAUCACAUUCAGGUGGUUGUUACCAGGUGCAGACAUCGUCGGAGGACCCGAUCCAUAA